GCGGCUGCCUGGGCGACGCCCCAGAGCGGAAGAGGGAAGUAAGUGGAGGAGGAGGUGGAGAAGGAGCCGGGCGCGGGCGGAGGCGCUGGCUGGCUGGCUGGCUGGUGGCGGGGUCGGGGGUUCUGGACCUAGUUGAGCCGACGUUUGCGGGGGGCGGUUCGGCAUGUCGAAGAACACGGUGUCGUCGGCCCGUUUCCGGAAAGUGGACGUGGAUGAGUACGACGAAAACAAGUUCGUGGACGAGGAGGACGGCGGCGACGGGCAGGCCGGGCCCGACGAGGGCGAGGUGGACUCGUGCCUGCGGCAAGGAAACAUGACCGCAGCCCUCCAGGCAGCUCUGAAAAACCCUCCCAUCAACACCAAGAACCAGAUAGUCAAGGAUCGAGCAGGCAGUAUCGUCUUGAAAGUGCUAACGUCCUUUAAAGCAAAUGACAUCGAGAGAGCUGUCCAGUCCCUGGACAAGAGUGGUGUGGACCUCCUGAUGAAGUACAUCUACAAGGGUUUCGAGAGUCCCUCCGACAAUAGCAGCGCCGUGUUGUUGCAGUGGCAUGAAAAGGUCCUAGCUGCCGGAGGCGUGGGUUCCAUCGUCCGUGUCCUCACCGCCAGGAAAACCGUGUGAGGGACCCCCACCCUCACCCCUCGAAGGCCCUGGAUGGCCUCCUGGAGGUGUGGGAGUCCAAAGAGCAGAAGUACCAAAUGCCACUGAGGCCCGUUGGGGCCACCUCUGUUCUCUCAGCUUUGCUUUCUGCUUCCCGUAUCAUGUCUGUAAAGAAAAGCACAUAAUCAGUUUUCCUUUGAUGAAACCUGGGGAUACCCCCCAGGAGGACAUGCCCUGGCAACAGGAAAGGGGGCAUCCCCACACUGCAGACCAUCUCCAGUGCCAUGUAGAUUGGCCUGUCCCUUCACUUGGAACUGGGCGAUUCCUUUUUACUCCCCCAACUGAUUUUUUAUUUUGUUUUGUUUUGUUUUGGUUUUGGGCCAUACUUGGUGACGCUCAGAGGUUACUUCUGGCUCUGCACUCAGAAAUCGUUCCUGGCUCGGGGGACUAUAUGGGAUGCCUGGGGAUUGAACCAUGGUCCGUCCUAGGCUAGCACGUGCAAGGCAGACGCCUUACUGCUUGCGCCACUGCUCCCCCUCCCCCCAGCUGAUAUUUUAACUGGUAAUUUUAACAGGGUCCAAAGGGAAUUGAGACUGGUUUUCUGCUCAGUCACUAGCUUCAGAGAUGCUCUUGCUAUAAGAAUCUUGCUAAACCUGGAGUGUGGCUGAACGUGGAGUCUGCUUAUAUCACUUUUGCAAGAUGCACUUCAGGACCAAGCUGUCAGGGAACCCCCUGGGUGCAGCACAGUUUCCAUUGGCCUCUACCCUGGGGAAAUUUUAGCUCACUGUUUCCAUACACCAGUGGCUGUGGCACCCUGCUUCUAGUGGUCCCCCAGAGGCCCUCAACAAGGUGCCUUGC